AUGUACUUUAUUCCGAUUCAGCUGCUCGCCUCGACGAGAUGCGCCUCUAGAGCAAGCAUAUCGUUGCUGAAAAGUGCAAAUAUUGGCUUCGCCGCGGGCUCGCGCAUAUCCUCACAAACCCGGUUUGCCUCAAAAUCAUCUCCGCCUAGUAAUCCAAAACCCAAUCCGCCCUCUCGGAAACUUGUGCCUCCUCCAAGCAAAGCUGGAACGAAGGGUACACCACCGAGUAACCCGUCUAAAAUCAAGGUUACGUCUGCAGCCAAGGCCACGUCCACUGCCGAGGCCAUUCCCACGGGUGCCAAAGUCGAAAGUAAGAGACUGCCGGACAAGGAUCGACCUCGCGAGUUCACUGAGUUGGAUCAAAGCAUUAAUGGUACACGUAUCGUGUACGAACGGGCCAAGCUCGUGUGGCCUGGCAUCUGGUCGAUUGCUACUGUUGUUGCCACCUAUGGCGUGUUUGCCUACAUGUAUAUCAACUACGGCGAUGCUAUAUCGUCCGCAGCGCUACAACCCAGUCGCGCAGAGAAUUCAGAUUCCUGGCUUCUCACUCCCACAGUCAUCAGAGACGGCAUCAAAAUAGCAUGGCAAGACCUUGACAAGCUUACAAUCGGCAUUAUCGGCUUCAGCACUGUUAUCCAUGCGCUGCGACGCUCCGGUCUGUUCUCCCAGGCUAAUUUUGUUCACAUCGUUGGCCGCUACAGAUACACGAUUUUUACGCACCCAUUCAUAUACAAGAACUGGGUACAUUUGGGAGGGACAUCGCUUAUACUAGCUUGGUUCCUACCAGGUGUAGUACGACACUUCGAUGGCGACGUCUACCACACAGCUGCCUUUCUUGCGAGCGUACCCGUUGUCAUUUCAUACCUCCACCGCUUUAUAUUCCGCUUUAUCCCUAUGCCCUAUUUCCCAGUUAACCGGGGUGCAAUGUAUAUCUGCGUAGCAGCAUUCGGUGCUUAUAGUGUGGCCUAUGCGCAUGAGAAGAUAUGGACCCCUGCGGGUGUCGUUGUGCGACUUCCAUCGAAGAGCGAUGUCCUCCUCUACUUCCUCGCUAUAUGGCUGCCAUUUGUAUCCGUUGCCAUCAAGCGAGGCUGCACCGCCGACCUCUUCAUCAACAUUGCAUUAUGCUGUCUCGCCUGGAUACCAGGAAUCAUUCACGCGUGGUACAUUAUUAGCAAGUCGGAAAAAGCAGAGAGAACCAAGAUCAAGGGCGCCGAUGAAGCCACUGCCCGCAUCGCAGCCGGUAUGAUCAGAAAUGUCGUCGCAACCUACGCCUUCAAAUUCAACGGUACCGAGAUUGGAGAUGAAAUAUAA